GGUUAACCCAACAAAAUAAAGUGCGGUUCACCAUGCAGUGAAAAACAAGUCUUGCAUCAUUAUAAAUAUAAAAAACGCAAACACCAUAAAUCAUUUACAAGUGUUCAAAAGUCAACGAACAGUUGCUUACAUCGAAAAGAAAGACGAUUUGCAAAAAACGAUCAACCAAUUUUUCUGCAAGCAAAAUGGAUCGAUAUUUUUUAAGAAGUAAAAAGGAAGUUUAUGUUAUUGUUUUAACACUAUGCCAGUUCUGUGCAGCAGCAGCCAAGAAAACGUGUGAACCUCAGGAAGAUGUUGUGUCCAUAUACAGUGACAAAUUUGACGAAGCCCCCCCUCAAGGCUUCGGACCAUAUUUUAUCAAAAUACACCGCUGUGCAGAAUAUUCACAAACUCACUAUCCGUCGAAACCAGUGAGAUGGCAAAAGAUAGGCAUCGUACUGAGAGAUUCACUGACGUUUAAAUAUUACGAAUACAUUUUACAUAAUCACACCAAGUGUAAAUGCUCCACCAAUUUAACAGUCUUUCAAUACAACAGAGAAAGGCGUGUAGCUGUGAAUGUGAUGUUAGGGUGCUCUCGGUUCAGAUAGUCAAGAAAGAGAG